GCAGUGCAAAGCUUUGCUCAGUGGCAGUGUGUUCUGAAAGAUGCAAUUGAUCUAAACUUUAGUUUGCUUGAGCCAGUACCUGUACCAUCUAUUCAUAAGACGUUCAAUGGAAAAAUGGCACAAAAACUGCUUGAAAGGUUGCAACGAGGUAAACAACUGGAGCAGUUUCUUACAAGUUUCAGGCUGUUUCGUUUGUUUCACAGGCUUUAUCUUGCAGUAACCAGUGGUUUAUUAAAAAAGAUGGUUGGUGAAAAGAAACAAAAAGACAAGGAGAGAGUUAAAAAGACUUGUAGGCAAAAUGCUUUAUCAAAAGAAGUAUUGUCUGACAACAAAAUGCUAGGAAAUCGUUUUGCUGUUCUGUGCAACAUGAGAGCCCAACAACAAGAGGAGGAAGAUCCAAAAAAUUGUGUUUUGAUUGUAAUUGCUAGACUUUUCCCUCUCAAGAGCCACAGUGUAGUUGUCAUUGUCACAAAUUAUCAGAUACAAAAGUUAUAG